CUUUCUUUGUGCCCCAGUGUUGCUCUCUCUCUGUUCAGUAUAGUCAUCAGGUUGAGGUGUAGGAGGGGGAAUGCAUGGCAGAGACUGAGGGUCUUACUGAGUGUGGGAGAUGAGAGUGUGAGGGGUUUUUAGGAAGAAGAGUGUGAGGGGAUUAUAGGAAGACGAGUGUGGGGCAAGAGAGUGUGUGUAUAUGUGAGUGAGGGUAGUGUGUUUGUGUGUGUGUGAGUGAGUGUCCGUGGGGGUGAGCUGCUCGCGUGUCACAUUCCAGCUUCCAGGGAUCGACCCCUGUCUACCGGGAGACGGACCUGGAAAACUUUGAAAAAUCAUUAUUGGAAAACUGUGAUUGUAAAACCUCUGUAAACCUGUAUCUCUCUGUGACUUUGAGCUGUUGCUGGUCUCGCUCGGAAAAUACUAAUCUGUUGAAGGAGGAAUCCCUCCUCUCUACUCUCCACUUCCUCUGUUUCUGCUGCUGGGUCUCUGGGCUUUGGAUAUUGGUUUCACUGGUGCCGCACUUACCACGGCUCAAAAACAGGACGGGAGGAGAAAAAAGAAGAGGGCAGAGGAAGAAAGGAGAACAUGAAAUGUAAAAAAUGUUUCAAUGGAAUAGAUUAAUAAUCUGGAUCAUGGAUGUGUCUUUGUCUGUCUGUCUGUCUGUCUCUCUCUCUCUGUCUGUCUGUCUGUUCCCAUUCACUCUUUAAGCAGUUUAAUGAGAUGGUUGUAUGUUAAAAGCAGACAGUCCAGUGUCACUCUGCAAUCGUCUCAGAGUAAACACACACAUGCACAUGCACGCUUUUUUGGCUAAAUUUGGUCUGAAAGCUGGAGGCAUGGCUUCUCUGGAAUAUUAAUGGUCAGAGCUGUGUGUGUGUGUGUGUGUGGUGUGGGGGGGGGCUUAUUUUUGUCAGAAUUCUGCACACACUGAUCGGAGUCAUGCCAAAGUGGGUUAGGAGUUGAGCAUUAUAGGAGAGAAAUAGGAGCCCAGUUUAAAACAGCACAGGGACUCUGCACUACAAUGGACUAUUGUGCUGUAAGACUGUCUGUCUGUCUCUGUCUGUACAUGUCUGUGUCAAUUACCAAGCAAUAGGUUUUCGUCUGCACCUGCAGUCUCACAGAAACAGAGUAGAAGAAGAAGAAAAAAGGAGAGAAGAAGGAGACAUACGAAUGGAAAGGAGGAAGAGGGGAGAAGGAGAGAGGAAAGGAGACAUACGAAUGGAAAGGAGGAAGAGGGGAGAAGGAGAGAGGAAAGGAGAGGCUAAAAAAGAAGGAGAGUUCAUGAACUGUGUUUAGUCGAGUCAUUCUAACUGUAUUAGACUGUAAUCCGUUGAGUUGAGUGUUCUAAUGAGGUCUAACGAGCUGUGACCAGUUUUAACGAGCUGUGUGUGAGCCAAGUCUGACUCUUAUAAAACUCACCUAUCAUUAUCAGCUCAGUCUGUUUGAUAAGGGCAUCCGACAAACCACGCCUGGAUAAUAGAUUUAAUUUCACCUUUAGCUGACCUGGUCUGUUCCCCUCUCAUUCUCUUUGUUUCUCUCUCCCGUCCAUCACAAAGCAGACAGCGUGGAUUGUUUCACUGACAGUCAACUAAACUCAGUCUGCGUUCCAGAGGUGGGACCAACCAAGUCAUUGUUUUACAAGUCACAAACUCGCCAGACAGACCCACCAUCAUCCAGAGCCAUCAGAGUUUGAGACGGGCCUACAGUGACAGAGAAGACUGCUGUGCUGUUCUCAGCUGAGGAAAGGAGAGAAUUCAGUUCAGACUUUAUGGAAGGGGUAGCCAGAAGACCUGAUGAUGCCCUAAGGGUUCAAAUUGUGUUUCCAUAAAACCAUAUAGGAUUAAAGACCAGAGUCAGCCGAGUCUGACUUAUAGACAGAAGAUACUAGCCUAGACCAGAGAGGCCAAAGACACAGUUAGUGGCAUCAUCAUGAAUGCCCCACCCACAGGAAGUCCCAGCCCAAAUAUGGAGGUGAAGGUGGUCUCCCAGGAGAUGGCGUUGUUUAGCAACGCCCUGGCGGCCUACACCUUCAUAGCAGACCAGCCGGAGCGAGCAGCUCUUGUGUUUGUUAGUGGUGUGUGUGUGGGUCUCCUUCUCACCCUCUGUGCCCUGGUGGUGCAGAUACACUGUCGCACCGACUGUCACUACAGUAACCGACGGCGACAUCACCAUAGAAACAGGACUCACCACCAUCACCAUGGGGACCAUCACUGUCACCACCACCACCAACCUGGCCACCCUAACACAGGCAACCCUGGCGUAACCACAGAGACGAGUGAAGACAGCGACUCAGAGGACUGGGACGACAGGAACUCUGACCGUACGGCUCGACGACGAAGGCGAUUUGAGAGAACGCUGCUGCAAACCAGCGUUUUCACCUCCGCAGAAGAGUUGGAGCGAGCUCAGAGGGUUGAGGAGCGAGAGAGGAUCAUGCGAGAGAUCUGGAUGAAUGGACAGCCUGAUGUCAACACUGUCACACGCAGCCUCAACAGAUACUACUAACAGGAAUGGAGAAAGAGAGGAAGAGAGAGACAAAGAGAGUGAUGGAUACACAUAAGGAUGGAAGAAGAGAAAAAGAAAGGAUAGGGAAAUUAUGCAAUUUUAGACAAUGUCGCAUUGGGUGCGUGAAGCCUACAAAUCAAAUAUUAUUGGACACAUAGACAUAUUUAGCAGAUGUUAUUGCGGGUGUAGCGAAAUGCUUGUGUUCAGUAGUUGUGGAUAGAGACAAAUGGGAAUGGAUGAGGGAGAGGACAAUGACCUCCAUCCAGUCCCUCUGACACUGGGCACAGAACCAUGAGGUUUAGGGUGUGUCUGGCGCAGUGAUGUAGUGGUAAAGAAAUAGGUGGGUACACGCUUGAUUGCCUUCGCAGUGAGUAAAGUAACGUUCCUUAUACUGUCAAUGCAUUUUCCACAAAAAUGCGCAAACAUAAAAAAGGUGUGUAAACAGCUUUUACGUGCAUUUACCCUCCACUACACCACUGGUCUGACAUGACACCAGGCUUACGCCAAUCUAAGGCUCUUGGGAGCUGUGCUGGGGAGGGAGAAAGUGCACACUUCACACUAGAGGAAAGAAGUAGGUAAUGAGAAUGCAGCAGCCUAAUCGUUGCCCAGGGUGGUUCCUCUGGAGUCAGCCCCCGCCCGAGACCUGAGGUGGAUGUUGUCAUCAACCUGUGUGUAAACUGUGACCUUCCUGACGUCAUCACCAUCACCGUUGACAGCGGCCCACAAUUCACAUCUAUGGAAAUCUCUGUUUUUCUGGCUAAACGUUCUGGUUUUUGUCCUUCGUUCCAGACAGGUACUGACUUACACAGCACAGUUCACUACAAGGACAAGGACCGCAGAGAAGACCUGUCAACUGGAAUGACAUUUUUUUUGCCUUCACUCAAUCUUAAUGUGUAUUUAAUUGAUUCACUGUUAUACUUUGUGGAUUCAUUCCUUUUUAUAAAAUAGCAACACUUUCUUAGUUUGUCUCAGGGACGCUUUGAAGGGUUGUCGUUGGGGAAAUGUUUGCAUUUUGAAGAUGAUGCAACAAUCCUUCCUUAGAGAGACUGUGACUAUAAAUUUGUGUCAGUUUGGUUUGUCAGCAGGAGUGUGCAUUCGUUAGGUAAAUAGCACGGCUGUGUGCCUUAAAUGUAGUCACGACAGACAGAGGCACUGCUCCAAUUCAGUCAGCUCCUGAACAGUGCCAUUCAGACAACAAGUGCAAUACAGUCCCUGUACAGCCCUAAAAGAAGCCACCACCAUAUUGCUAACACCUAUCUUUUCCCUUCAGAUGUGAAACACUGAAGAGGUAGCUAGAGUCUCUACUAUAUGUGUUGCUUUUGGAGUGAAGCUGGGUGGUGGAACACUAUGGUGUUUUUAAUCGGGUAAAUGGCGCAACACAACAGUGUUAUUAUCUCUGCAGUGUUUCUGGGUGUUUCCCCUAGCUUGUCGUCUAUAUUAGAAAAGCUGUCUGUGAAGUGAAAAGUCUGUCUGAGAGAGAGGUUCUGUAUGCAUCCUUCCUUCCGAUCUUCCUUGAGGGAAUCACAGGUCUGAGAGAGGUGUCUAGGUGAAAACAGUCUCGUUCUCACUUAUCCAGUCCAUACAGAUCAGUGAUUUCCUCAAGGAAGGGAGAAAAGACGGGAAAUAAACAUUGCAUUGAAGGAUACUUAGUUUAGUGCUCAAACAGGGACAGUGAAUGACUGAGACUAACACACGGACCUUUUAUUGAAUAAUAAAACCCUUUGGAAACAAA